AUGUGUUUUUCAUUUCAGGAACUGUUGACCUUCAGGGAUGUGGCCGUAGACUUCUCUCGGCAGGAGUGGGAAUACCUGGACCCUAUUCAGAGGGACUUGUACAGGGAUGUGAUGUUGGAGAACUACAGGAACCUGCUCUCCCUGGGUGAGAAUAGCAUCCCUCCAGAAGUUGGGAUCUGCCCUAAUAUCUCUGCUAGAUUUAUGAUCAAGGAAUUAUUACCAAAGAAAGACAUUAAUAAUGGUGAAUUAUACCAACCAAUGGUCUUGGGAAGAUAUGAAAGCCAUGACAUUGAGGAUUUUGACUUCAGGAAAGUCUGGGGAAAUAUGUAUGAAUUUGAGAGUAAUUGUGGAUAUGAAGAAAGAAAUUUCAAAGAAGUGCUUAUGACAGGUAACGUAAGUCUCACUAGUAAAAAAGAGAAACACGACAGCAAAUCUUGCAUUAAUUUACCUUUAAAGCAGAGUGUUUCUUUAAUAAAAAGUGCAUAUCAUAACUUCAAACAUGGGAAGUCAUUUAUAAAGAAUUUGUUAAAAAUAAAAAGUAACAUAGUCUCUGCAGGAAACAAAUAUACAAAAUGUUUUGAAAAUAGGAUUGGAUUAAGCUUUCAGUCACAUCUGGCUGAAUUGCAGAGAUUUCAAACUGAAGAGAAAAUUUAUGAAUGUCAUCAAGUUGAGAAGUCUAUCAAAACUUGUUCCUCAAUUUUACCACUUCAAAGAUUUCCUCCUCCUAGUAUCAAAACCAACAUUUGUAAGAAAUAUGGAAAAGUUUUUAUGUAUCCUUCAUUGCUUACACAUCAUCAGAAAACAAACAUUAGAGAAAAACCAUAUAGAUGUAAUGAAUGUGGAAAGACUUUUAGCCAUUAUUCAGUCCUUACUAGUCAUCAGAGAAUUCAUUCUGAGCAGAGACCUUACAAAUGUGAUGAGUGUGGUAAAGCCUUUAAGCAGUUCUCAAACCUCACAAGACAUCAGAGAAUCCAUACUGGAGAGAAACCUUAUAAAUGUAAUAUAUGUGACAAGGUCUUUAAUCAAAAUUCCCAUCUUACAAAUCACUGGAGAAUUCAUACUGGAGAGAAACCACACAAAUGUAAUGAAUGUGGUAAGGCUUUUAUCAAAUGUUCAGACCUUUGGCGUCAUGAGAGAAUUCAUACUGGAGAGAAACCUUACAAAUGUAAUGAAUGUGGCAAGGGUUUUACCAAACGUUCAUAUCUUUGGGAUCAUAAGAGAAUUCAUACUGGAGAGAAACCAUACAAAUGUAUUGAAUGUGGCAAAGUUUUUAGGCAGUGGUCUACGCUCAGGAUUCACCGAAGAAUUCAUACUGGUGAGAAACCUUAUAAAUGUAAUGAAUGUGGCAAAGCUUUUAAGCAGUGCUCACACCUCACUAAGCAUCAAAAUGUACAUCCUGGAGAGAAGCCACACAAAUGUAGUAUGUGUGGUAAGGCUUUUAUCCACAUUUCAAGCCUUGUGAAACAUCAGAAAAUUCAUACUGGAGAAAAACCAUACAAAUGUAAUGAAUGUAGUAAGGCUUUUAUCCAAAGUUCAAGUCUUGUGGAACAUCAGAGGAUUCAUACUGGUGAGAAACCUCACAAAUGCAAUGAGUGCGGCAAAGCCUUUACUGUUCGUUCAAGCCUAACUAAACAUAAGAGAUACCAUACUGGAGAGAAACCUUAUAAAUGUAAUGAAUGUGAUAAAGCUUAUGCACAAUUUGUACACCUUACUAGACAUCAGAAAAUACAUAAUGAAAAGAAACAUUGUGAAUCAACUACAUGUGAUAAUGCUUUUACUCAAAGCUCAAGCUUGGGGGUUCGUCAGAGAAUUUAUGGUAGAGAGAAACCUUACAAAUGUAAUGAGUGUGGCAAAUCCUUUAACUGGUGUUCACGCCUUACUCGACAUCAGAGAAUCCAUACUGGAGAGAAACCAUAUAAAUGUAUUGUGUGUGGCAAGGCCUUUAGUCAAAAUUCAAACCUUACAAUUCAUCAGAGAAUUCAUACUGGAGAGAAACCUUACAAAUGUAAUGAAUGUGGCAAAGCCUUUAAGCAGUACUCAAGCCUCACUAGACAUCAAAAUAUACAUCCUGGAGAGAAACCACACAAAUGUAACGUGUGUGGUAAGGCUUUUAUCAAACGUUCACACCUUUGGGGUCAUGAGCGAAUGCAUACUGGAGAGAAACUAUACAAAUGUAUUGAAUGUGGCAAGGCCUUUAGACAAUGGUCUGACUUCAGGAUUCACAAAAGAAUUCAUACUGGAGAGAAAUCUUAGAAAUAUAAUGAGUGGUGUAAAGAAAUAUAAUGAAUGGUGUAAAUCGUUUAAACAUUUUUCACAACAGACUAUGUAUCAGAGAAUUUAUACUAGGGAGAACUAAGCCUCUAGUCCUAGAUUAAUUGA